AUGCAAGGCCAUCAGUAUCAAGACUCGCCAGAGUAUCCGCGCCCAGACUUCCAGCGCACUGGAUCGCGCUGGCUGUCGCUCAACGGCCCCUGGGAUUUUCUGUUUGAUGAUGACGACGUCGGCUUGAGCCUUCGAUGGCACCAAUCUGGUUUACCAUCUCGGGUGGCCAUCAAGCAGAUGCGGAAGAGCGAUGGAAGCAAGUCUGAAAGCGACACCAUCACUCAGCGCAUCGCCGCCGGGACCCAGAAUCUUCUCAAAGACAAUGUCUUUACACGGGAUUCCUCUGCCAACGUCAACCACAAGUGUCCAAUUGCCGUCCUUUUUGUCUUCCAGUGCCAUGCGUCGGGCAUCAACGAACGCGGCAUUCACGAGGUGCUUUGGUAUGAGCGUAACUUUUCAGACCUGCGCAACGAGGCCGAACGGCAAGAUGGCCGUCGUCUGCUGCUGCGAUUCGGCGCCGUGGAUUACGAGGCGUCUGUUUGGGUCAACGGGAGCUUGGUCGGCACCCACCGGGGAGGCCACGUCCCGUUCCAGUUUGACGUGACGGAUGCCCUGGAUGCAGACACCCGUGACGUCCAUCGGGUGACGGUCCGUGUCUUUGAUUCCGCCCACGACCUGACUCAGCCGCGAGGGAAGCAAUACUGGGGCGCCCAGCCGGAGAGCAUCUUCUAUACACCAUCUGGAGGGAUCUGGCAAUCCGUAUGGAUCGAGGUUGUUCCCGCAGCCCGAAUCGCCGACAGCAGCUUUGGGACAGUCAUAAGGUCGAAUAAUAUCCGCACAGGUGAUGUGCACUCUAAUAUUGCAACCCAAGGUUUGCAGGCAGGUCAUGAUUACGCUGUCAAGGCAGAAGUUUGCUUUAGGGGCCAGCUAGUAUCCAAUUCUGCCGAAGUUGACAUCAAUGAAGGGUCAUGCAGGCUCUCUUUGAGCGCUCGCCUGUCCAAAGACAAUAUAUCUGCUGUUCGAGAGUCGGCACUGCGGGAUACGCCACUGAGCGGCUCUUCCUGUUGGCGAGACGGCAUUGCUCUCUGGUCACCGGAGCACCCUCAGCUGUAUGACGUGACAAUCAGGCUCUUCGAUUCAUAUACCGGCGAGAAACUAGACCAAGUCCAAACAGCGACAGGAUUGCGGUCACUACAGUGGUCUAGGGGCGACGGUCUGUGGCGACUGAACGACGCCCCUUACUUUCAGAUGCUAUGUCUGGACCAGGGCUACUGGCCAGACUCUUUCCUAACCCCUGGAUCCAGCCACAGUCAGGAGAAGGACAUUGAGUGUGCUAAAAAGAUGGGCUUCAACGGCUGUCGAAAGCAUCAAAAAGUCGAAGAUCCGCGCUUCUACUACUGGGCAGAUCGAAAGGGCUUCCUCGUCUGGGCCGAAAUGGCAAACGCCUAUCGGUUCAGCCGGGGCUAUGUCGACCGUUUCACCCAGGAGUGGACGGAAUCUGUCAGGCUGGCCAUUAACCAUCCGUCGGUGGUGACCUGGACGCCGGUGAAUGAGAGCUGGGGGUAUCCGUCGCUCAAGGACGAUGCAGAGCAGCGCAAUCACAUACGCUCUCUCUAUUACUUGACCAAGACGCUGGAUCCCACGCGGAGCAUCAACGACAACUGCGGCUGGGAGCACGUCUGCACCGACCUCUCCACCUUUCAUGAUUACAGCGACGGUCCAGAACUGGAGAAGACGUGUGCCGACUUGGGUGCCAUUCUCGGUCUCAAGGCUGGACGAGAAUUAUUCGUAGGCGAAAUCGCCGGCGUUGACGAGGGCUCCCGCCACACCACGGGAGCGCCCAUCAUUUGUACCGAGUGCGGUGGCGUCAACAUUGCCCCGGCCGACAAAGACGCCGUGGAAGACUCUCGGGAUUGGGGCUACACCACUGCGGCGGACCCUGAAGACUUGUUGAAGAGGAUCGAGAGGAUUGUGAACGGUGUUGCGGGAGGGGGGUUGUGCUGUAGGACGGACAUUGAGCAGGAGACGAAUGGGCUGUAUACGUUUGAUCGCAGGGAGAAGCUGGAUUCUGACAAGGUCAAGGCGGUCAUGCAGGAGGCGGCGCAGAUGUUCUAUAAGAGGGUUGAGAAUGAUGGCAAGCAAGCCUGA